GCCGAUAGUGACUUGAAAUUGGUUACAUCACCUUUGCGCAGUGAACAUUGAGGGUUCCAUUGCAUUGCUCUACCGGCAUUGACUUCUACAUCUCUACCGCACAUCGUUCAAAGUACAUUCUUCUGUCUUACUCAUCUCUCACAAUCACCUACCUACCUUGGGACCAAUAUAGGCUCGUCUACAACAGCCAAGAUGGGCACUCAAGACCCGAUAUCCUCCGUCCAGCCCGACCUGGAGCAAUCCUCCCACACCGGUGGCAAUGGCAACGACGGCAACGACGAACUUGACGAGUCCCGCCUCGCCCAGUUCGGCUACAAGCAAGAACUCAACCGCGACUGGGGUCUAGCUCACAACUUUGGCGUUUCCUUUUCCAUCAUCUCCGUCGUCACCGGCCUCACCACCCUCUUCUCCUACGGCCUCUCCACCGGCGGUCCCGCCGUCAUGUCCAUCUCCUGGAUCGUCGUCUCCUUCUUCACCCUCCUCGUCGCCAUCGCCAUGGCCGAAAUCGUCUCCGCCAUCCCCACCUCCGGCGGCCCCUACUUCUGGUCCGCCAUGCUCGCCCCUCCGCGAUGGUCUCCCUUUCUGUCCUGGCUAACGGGAUGGUUCAACUUACUCGGUCAAGUGGCAGUCACGACGGGCAUCACGUUUGGACUGGCGGGACUAGUAUCUACAGCCAUUACUGUCAAGAGCCCGGACUACGAACCGACGGCUGCCAAGACUAUUGGGAUCUAUGCGGCGCUGUUGGUUAGUCAUGGCGUGCUGAAUACGUUUGGGGUGAAGGCGUUGAGGAUUUUGAAUAAUGUCAGCAUUGUCCUGCAUAGCGCGGGGAUCACGGCGCUUUGUAUUGCUGUUUUGGCCAAGGCGCCGAAGCUCCAGAGCGCCAAGUUUGUGUUUGGGAAGUAUCACGACGGGACGGCAGCCGAGGAGGGGGUAGAGGGAUGGGGCCAGCGCGCAUCCCCAGGGUACGUGGUCCUUUGCGGAGCUUUGCUGUCUCAGUACACCCUCACCGGCUUCGACGCCAGCGCACAUCUGAGCGAGGAGACGAAGAACGCGAGUUGGUCUGCGCCGAUUGGUGUGGUGAGCUCCGUGGGAUUCAGCUCGCUGUUUGGGUUCUUUGUGCUUCUGUCUUUCUUGUUUUCGAUCCAGGACUUUGAAAGAGUUCUGGAUAGCAGGUAUGGACAGCCUGUGCUACAAAUCUUUGUGGAUGUCCUCAGUGAGGAUGGCGCGCUGGUGUUGUUUAGCUUGAUCAUGGUUUGUGUAUGGCAUUGUGGGCUGUUCAGUAUGACGAGUAAUUCUCGAAUGAUGUUUUCGUUUGCCCGCGACAGAGGCAUCCCCUCCUUCUUCCACCAAGUCGACGCCCGCUUCAAAUCUCCCAUCCGCGCCGUCUGGCUCGCCGCCACCCUCUCAUUCAUCCUCGCCCUCCCCUCUUUAGGGAGCGAAGUCGCCUUCGGAGCCGCCACCUCCAUCGCCACCAUCGGUCUGUACCUCUCCUACGGCCUGCCCAUUUUGAUCGGGCUCUUCUGGCACAAGAACUUCACAGCCAUAAAGGGCCCCUUCAACCUCGGCGCUCUCUCACGUCCCAUCGCUGGCGCUGCAUGCCUCUGGAUUUGUUUCAUCACUGUAGUGUUCUGCUUGCCUACUGCCAACCCCGUUACCAGCCAGACGCUGAACUAUACCGUGGUGGCUGUGGGUAUCAUCGCGGUCGGUUCCAUAGGAUUGUGGGUCGUUUGGGCGAGACGGUGGUUUACGGGCCCGGCGGCGGAGGCGGCGGAGGCGAUGAGGUUGGGGGUUGAUAUCACGGAGCCGGGGGCGCUGGAGAGGAAGGAGAAGGAGGCGUUGGAGGAGGCGAGGAUGGAGGGGGAGAGGGAAAGGAGGGAGAGGGAGGAGAAGCAGGCGCCGGCUGAUAGUGAGUGAUCGUAUGCGCUCAAGAUAUGCUAUUUUAUCAACACAACCCCUUUUAAAGGAAAUAUCACUCAAUCCAUUUUGACUAUCAACAUCAACAGUCCCACAAA